CAAGAGAAGGAAUAUGGCAAAAGUAACAUGCGAGUCUCUCCUUGUUAAUCCAUGGCGUAUAUUCGCUUAUCCCCACCAAAGCUUUGCGGUUCCCUCGCUCACUCAGACUACUCAUACCCAGAAGAAGCUCACACUCUCCUCAACCAGAACGCGAGCUUUGCCAUUCGACCUCUCCCCUCCUCCUAUUGACCACGACCUCCUGGACACUGUGGCAGCAGCAACUGCUGGAGCAACAGUUUCAGAUGAUGGGAUUAUCGAAACGUUCGACAACGAUGACCAAGCUUUGGAUGCUGCCGAUAAUGGUCUUGUGGUUGUGGACCUCUCGCAUUUUUGCCGGAUAAGAGUUAGUGGAGAUGACAGGAUCCAGUUUCUUCACAACCAAAGCACGGCCAAUUUCGAAUGUCUCCAUGAAGGACAGGGAUGUGACACAGUUUUUGUUACACCAACAGCUCGGACAAUAGAUAUCGCACAUGCAUGGGUCAUGAAAAAUGCAGUAAUGUUAAUGGUUUCACCUGUUUCCAGAAGUAUCUCUGAAAUGCUGAAAAAGUACAUAUUUUUCAAUGACAAGGUAGAGAUUCAAGACAUCACUAAGCAAACUUGCUUCUUCGUUUUAGUGGGACCUAAAAGCAACUAUGUAAUGGAGGAGUUAAACCUAGGUGAUCUCGUUGGACAACCAUACGGCACGCAUCAGCAUUUCAGUGUCAACGGGAUGCCUGUUACUGUGGGAGUGGGAAAUGUGAUUUCUGAAAAAGGCUUUUCACUUUUGAUGUCACCAGCUGCCGCUGGAUCAGUCUGGAAAACUAUUCUAUCUCAUGGUGCGACCCCAAUGGGCUCUAUUGCAUGGGAAAAACUAAGAAUUUUGCAAGGAAAGCCAGCUCCUCAGAAGGAGCUUACUAAUGAAUAUAAUGUCCUGGAGGCCGGUCUCUGGAAUUCAAUCUCUUUAACCAAAGGGUGCUAUAAGGGACAGGAGACUAUAUCUCGACUGAUAACGUACGAUGGAGUCAAGCAAAGACUUUGGGGAAUCUGUCUAUCAGCACCAGCGGAACCUGGCAGCAUCAUUACAGUUGGUGGGAAAAAGGUUGGAAAGCUGACAAGUUGCACAUCCGGAAGAAAGGAAAGUGAGUACUUUGGUUUAGGCUAUAUCAAGAGGCAAAAUGUUUCAGAAGGAGACAUGGUAGUGGUCGGAGAUGCUAUUACAGGUACAGUGGUAGAAGUACCUUUCCUUGCUGGGCAACGGCCACCAUCGAGAAGCUCAAGCUCUUGAGAUUCAUUUUUUGACCUCCUAGCAAGGGAGCUGGAAACGAGCAGCCUCCCAAUGCAUCAGCCAGCGGAAUCUCAACAGCGAUUUCCAAAUCGUCCCGGCCUGCUCUUUUGAACAAAUGAUGCCUCUUUUCAUCUAUCAAGAAGAUGAUAUCAGCUGGAAGGUACCCUGGUUUCUCA